CAUGGACAGUAUGUUUGAGGCCUACAUCAACAACCUGCGCCGGCAGCUGGACGGCUUGGGGCAGGAGAGAGCAAGACUGGAUGCUGAGUUGGCCAACAUGCAAGGCCUUGUAGAAGAAUUCAAGACUAAGUAUGAAGAUGAAAUCAACCAUCGUACUGAGAAGGAGAAUGAUUUUGUCCUUUUGAAGAAGGAUGUGGAUGAGGCCUACAUGAACAAGAUUGAGCUGGAGUCCCGUCUGGAAUGCCUGACUGACGAGAUCAACUUCCUGAGGCAGCUGUAUGAUGAGCUGCGUGUAAUGCAGUCUCAGAUCAAUGACACUUCUGUGGUCUUGUCCAUGGAUAACAACCGCAGCCUGGACUUGGAUGGCAUCAUUGCCGAGGUCAAAGCACAGUAUGAAGACAUUGCUGCCAAGAGCCGGGCUGAAGCAGAGAGCAUGUACCAGAUCAAGGUGAGCCACCACCCCCUGCACACAUGCACCUUGUUUACUACUGGGUGA